CGGCGCCGCACACUCCGGCCCCUCAGCUUCUGUCGACAUGGCGCUGAGGCAGCGGCGGCGACUUCAGCUCUGCGCCUGGCUGCCCGACUUCUGCUUGAUGCUGCUUUUCAGGGGCUGCUUGAUAGGGGCUGUGAAUCUCAAAUCCAGUAACCAAAACCCAGUGGUACAGGAGUUUGAAAGUGCCGUGCUGUCCUGUGUCAUCACAGACUCACAGACAAAUAACCCCAGGAUUGAAUGGAAGAAAAUUAAAGAUGCUCAAACCUCAUAUGUGUUUUUUGACAACAAAAUACAGGGGGACUUGGCACACCGUGCAGAACUAUUGGGGAAAACUUCACUGAAGAUUUGGAAUGUGACCCGAAGAGACUCAGCUCUUUAUCGCUGUGAGGUGGUUGCUCGAAACGACCGCAAAGAAAUGGAUGAGAUUGUCAUUCAAUUAACUGUGCAAGUGAGGCCAGUGUCGCCGGUGUGCACAGUACCCAAGGCAGUGCCCGUAGGCAAGGCGGCCACGCUGUACUGCCAGGAGAAGGAGGGCUACCCGCAGCCUCACUACAGCUGGUACCGCAAUGACGAACCCCUGCCAAAAGACUCCAGAGCCUACCCCAGAUUUAAGAAUUCCUCUUUUGUCAUAAACUCUGAAACAGGCACUCUGGUGUUCAGCGCCGUCCACAAGGAGGACGCGGGCCGGUACUACUGCACCGCUUCCAACGACGCGGGCUCGGCCAGGUGCGCGGAGCAGCGCAUGGAAGUCUACGACCUGAACAUCGGCGGGAUCGUCGGCGGGAUUCUGGUGGUCCUUGCCGUGCUGGUCCUGACGACCGUGGGCAUCUGCUGUGCGUACCGGCGCGGCUACUUCCUCAGCAGCAAGCAGAGCGAGGAGAGUUACAAGAAUCCAGGGAGGCCCGACGGAGUGAACUAUAUCAGGACAGAGGAGGAGGGCGACUUCAGACACAAGUCGUCGUUUGUGAUCUGAAGGCUCGGUGGGGCUGGAGCACACGCGACUCUUCACUGGAAGCUGUGGAGCAGCUCCGAGCAGCGCACGUGGGCACAGCCAGACACUCGCGCAGCUUUGUUCUGGCCAAAGUUGACCGCUCCUCCUCUUACCUUCUAACAAGCCACACCGGUACAAGAAGUCCCUCAAGACGGGCUGGCGUCACAAGGACAGGCUGACUCCCCGCUGAGCGUGAGGGUGACCUGAGGCUCUGCCCACAGGCUCUGCCGGGUGCCGUGGGCCUGGGUAGCCCGUUUCUUUGCCUCUCACUGUGGUCAGCCGGGGCACGCACGCUGCCAGGGGUGGCGAGGGGUGGCGAGGGGCGGCGGGAAUCCCAGUGUGAAGAAGCUGGAUCCAGUGCGCCCAGAGAGAGGCUUCUCAGGAAGGACCCUGUCUCAGCGGCUCAGUCCUGCGCCAGGUCUGAAAGGCGUCCAUCUUGUGGUCGUGUCCAUCUUGGAGAACAUUUUGGGUCAGCAUUUUAUAAAAACAACCAAAAUCAGAAAGGUAAACUGCCUGUCGGAGUAGGGGCCUCCUUACCUGUAGGACCCCUGCUUGUCCAUGGAGGGUUUCAGUGUUUAAGGAAACCUCCCCCUCAGCCUAAAUGUGAAAUGGUACAAAGUAUUCUGCUUUUCUAUGGGUGUUUCUUUUAUAGAAUUUUACAUUCUAAUUUUGCUAAACAUGUAUUUUGGUUAUUGAAAAGACAAUUUCUAUUCAAACUGUAAAUAUGUUGUCAUAAAAUGUUGAAUAACCUAUUUUUUUUUUAAAGUUGAACUUACAGUAGGAGUUCCAAGCUAUUUGUGUUAAAUUGGAGAAUGUCAGUAUUGAGAGUGUCUUACCCCAAGGAAUUGCUGGAACAUUCCUCUUCCCACAAGUGCUUUAGCAUUUCUCACAAGAGAAUUAUGCCCUCGAUAUAUCAGACCAUUGUUGCUUAGGAAACCCUUAAAAACUCCAGUUAAAUAAUGUCCAAGUCUGUCAUCUCUCCAAAGAAACACAGAGCUCCCUGGCACUGCUGUGGCCGGGCCCCCGGAAGCUGUGGACACGGUGCCGCCGUGUUCGUCAGCUCCUGGGGUUGAGGCGGUGCCUGUCUGCGGUGCUGGCCUAACCCUGGGGCGGGCGGCACGUCCCCACCGCGACGUGCACUCCGCACCUGCUGCUGGGUUCUGAGCACGGCCCUUUCUGCUUGGGGAUGGCUCGCGAAACAAAAGCUACUGCUGUUUGGGUUUUAAACUUAUUUAACUUAUUUGUGUAGUUCACAACACUGUCCAGGGCCAAAGGCAGUUUUGAAUCGUCUGUCAAGUGUAAUAUUUUUUAAAGACGACGAAUCCCACUGUUCCUCUUUGCCUUGAAGGAAGUGCCAACACCGCAGGUUCCGCCUCACUUGACAGCCAAGUGUUGUGCAGCCUGGGCCACAGCCUGGUGCUGGGGAAGGGACCGUGCCUGAAUCCAAGGCCGUGUUCUAAUGUGGAUCUUAGUUUCCGUCCACCCCGGACACUGCCCUCUUGUGGGGGACGUUAGGGCAGUCCAGGGCCCUGGUUCUUCAGAUCAGGUCGCCCGGCAGACAUGUUCUCCUUGUGCCGUGCAGCGAGCUGAGCGGGGGCUUCUCAGGCGGAGGCCUCGGGCUCCAGUGUGCUUAGGGGGUAGUUUGUGUAUAGAACAUAGUCAUCUUGAGAUUAAAUUUCAGUUGUUGUAAUUUCUUAUACUUUGAGGGUUUUUAAAGUCGAAGACUUGAGACCUGUGUUGACAUUUGUGUCACGUGAAAUACUGUGCCACGGGGAAGCUGGCAGAGGCGGUGGCAAGUCUCCAUAGCUGCUCAGUGCUGCCUCCCCGUUUGCAUCUGUGUCUUGAAUGCUCGGAGUUAGGACUGUCCCUUCACCUUCCCUCUUCCUGGUGGAAAGGGAUAGCGUCCCUUUUCUUUAAUUCUUGGGGAUCAGCACCUCAGCCUCGACCUUGGUUGUCAGAGAGAGGGCAGCCUUACCGCCUCUUCCUGUGCCCUGAAACCCACCCGGUGCCACGUGAACUUCUUGGUCAGGGCAGGAAAGUGAAGGGUGGAGCCUGGGAGGUGGUUGCCUGUUACUGUAAACAUGUAGACAGAAGAGAAACAUUCAUGUUUUCCAAUGUGAAUGUGACCAAAGGCUUGAGGUCUGAACAGGGCUGCGGUGGCCCUCGGCGUGGCCGUUGCUGUGCAUAGAUAUGGCAGACUUGUACUAACACACCCCUGAACUGGUCUUUGUUAAACCUCAUUUAUAAAAGCUUUUUAA